GUAUGGUUUCCCUGUCCGUCAAGAGCCGGCUCAGCAACCAAACCCAGAUUCCAGGAUAAUAUAAACGUUUUUUUGAAAGCUUGUGAACAGAUUGGAUUGAAAGAAGCCCAGCUUUUCCAUCCUGGGGAUCUACAGGACUUAUCAAAUCGAGUCACUGUCAAGCAAGAAGAGACCGAUAGGAGAGUGAAAAAUGUUUUGAUAACAUUGUACUGGCUGGGAAGAAAAGCACAAAGUAACCCCUACUAUAAUGGUCCAUAUCUUAAUUUGAAAGCAUUUGAGAAUCUUUUGGGACAAGCUCUGACCAAGGCACUUGAAGACUCCAGCUGCCUGAAACGAAGUGGCAGGGACAGUGGGUACGGAGAUAUCUGGUGUGCUGAGCGGGGAGAGUUCCCUGUGCCCCCAGGCAGCCACAGGAGAGAAGAUUCGUUUGACAGCUUGGACUCUCUGGGCUCUAGGUCCUUCACAAGCUGCUCCUCUGAUAUCACGCUGAGGGGUGGGCGUGAAGGUUGCGAAAGCGACACAGAUUCUGAAUUUACAUUCAAAAUGCAGGAUUAUAAUAAAGAUGAUAUGUCCUAUCGAAGGAUUUCGGCCAUUGAACCAAAAUCUGCUUUGCCAUUCAAUCGUUUCUUACCCAACAAAAGUAGACAGCCGUCCUACGUGCCGGCGCCCUUGAGGAAGAAGAAGCCGGACAGAAAUGAGGAUAACAGAAGAAGCUGGGCAAGCCCGGUCGGCACAGAAGCCGAUGGGACAUUUCCAAGUAACGAGAGGAGAACUUGGGGCACAAAUGUGGAGACCUGGACGGCAGUACAAGAAACUUCAAACUCCUUUUGUUACUUGGAGGAGGAGGAAGAAAGGACAAGCAUCCCCGACACUGUAAAGGAUGACCUUUAUGUGCGAAAGCUAAGCCCCAUCAUGCCAAACCCAGGGAACACUUUUGAUCAGUUUCUUCCCAAAUGUUGGAUCCCAGAAGAUGUGAACUGGAAAAGAAUAAAAAGGGAAACUUAUAAACCAUGGUAUAAAGAAUUUCAGGGAUUCAGUCCGUUUUUAUUACUUCAGGCCCUCCAAACAUAUUCUGAUGACAUCUUAUCUUCUGAAACAAAUAUCAAACUUGAUCCCACUGCUGGCCCAAGGCUCAUAACUCGCAGGAAGCAUCCCUCUUACGCACCAGGGUAUAGAAGAGGUGACCUUGAGAUGUCAGCCCUAGACCCUGACUUAGAGAAUGACGAUUUCUUUGUCAGAAAGACUGGGGCUUUCCACGCCAAUCCAUGUGUUCUCCGAGCUUUCGAAGACUUCAGAAGGUUUUCUGAGCGAGAUGAUCCUGUAGAGCGAGAUAUAAUUCUGCAGUGCAGAGAAGGUGAACUCAUACUUCCAGAUCUAGAAAAAGAUGAUAUGAUUGUCCGCCGAAUUCCAGCACAGAAGAAAGAGGUGCCUCUCUCGGGGGCCCCAGAUAGAUACCAACCAAUCCCUUUCCCCGAGCCCUGGACUCUUCCUCCAGAAAUUCAAGCAAAGUUCCUCUGUGUACUUGAAAGGACGUGCCCAGCCAAAGAAAAAAGUAAUAGCUGUAGAGUACUAGUUCCUUCGUAUCGGCAGAAGACAGAUGACAUGUUGACCCGUAAGAUCCAGUACUGGAAGAUGGGAACUUCUGUGCCUCCCAUCAGUUUCAUCCCUGGUCCCUGCAGUGAGGCGGACUUACGGAAGUGGGAGGCCAUCCGGGAGGCCAGCAGGCUUAGGCACAGGAAACGGCUGAUGGUUGAGAGACUCUUUCAAAAGAUUUAUGGUGAGAAUGGGAGUAAGUCCAUGAGCGAUGUCAGCGCUGAGGAUGUUCAGAACUUGCGUCAGCUGCGUUACGAGGAGAUGCAGAAGAUGAAAUCCCAACUAAAAGAGCAAGAUCAGAAAUGGCAGGAUGACCUUGCAAAAUGGAAAGAUCGUCGAAAAAGCUACACUUCAGACUUGCAGAAGAAAAAAGAAGAGAGGGAAGAAAUUGAAAAGCAGGCGCUGGAGAAAUCUGAGAAAAGCUCUAAGACAUUUAAGGAAAUGCUGCAGGACAGGGAAUCCCGAAAUCAGACAUCUACAAUUACAUCGAGGAGUAGAAUAUAUUCUUCUGAUGAUGUAUUGAAUGAAGACAAGCUUCCCCUGACACUAACUAUGUCAGAAGCAAGUCAUCAGGGGGAGAGAGUAGAAGAGAAAGGAACAACUUACCCUGCAGAAAUUCCUAAACAAGAUUCUACAACUGUUGUGAAAAGAGAGGACACUCUACCAGCUGAAAUUCAGCUUCCUUCUAAAAGCCCCACGGAAGAACAACGCCCAGCCUCUUUGUCUUCCCAGCGUUCACUAACUACACAAAUGGAGUCGACUCGAGUUUCAGCUUCUCUCCCCAGAAGUUACCAGAAAACUGAUACAGCUAGGUUGACAUCUGUGGUCACACCGAGACCUUUUGGCUCUCACUCAAGGGGAAUCUCAUCGCUCCCGAGAUCCUACACGAUGGAUGACGUUUGGAAGUAUAAUGGAGACGUAGAAGGCGUUAAGAGAACUCAGUACAGUUCGGUCAGCACCUCUGUGCAGAAGUCUGACCCAAGCCAGCUGGCUUCCAGCUCCUUCAGUGAAAGAGAGGCAGUGACAUCGGGAGAGGGUGUGAUGAGGUUGCCCUCUCCUACACCCUUCUUCUCAUCUCUCUCCCAGGACUGGGCUGCCACUUCUAAUGCCACCUGGUCUUCAGUAUCUGGCCCCACUUCAAUGUCUGAACUUGGAGAAGGGAGAAGCUCACCACAGACAGAGGUGUCACCAUCAAAGGAUCAGUUCAGUGAUAUGAGAAUCAGCAUAAACCAGACGCCUGGGAACGGCCUUGACUUUGGGUUUACAGUAAAAUGGGACAUUUCCGGGAUCUUCAUAGCAUCAGUGGAAGCAGGUAGCCCAGCAGAAUUUAGUCAGCUACAGGUAGAUGAUGAAAUUAUUGCCAUCAACAAUACCAAGUUUUCAUAUAAAGACACAAAAGAGUGGGAAGAAGCCAUGGCUAAUGCUCAAGAAACUGGAAACCUAGUAAUGGAUAUCAGGCGGUAUGGAAAGUCUGGUUCACCUGAAACAAAGUGGAUUGAUGCAACUUCUGGAAUUUACAACUCAGACAGAUCUUCAAAUCUAUCAAUAAUGACUGAUUUCUCAGAAAGCCUUCAGAAUUCUAAUACCGAGUCCAAGGAAAUCAAUGGGAUUCGUGAUGAAAGCAGUACUUUUGAAUUAAAAGCAUCUGAACCUAUUUCUUUGAAAAACUUAAAAAGGCGAUCACAAUUUUUUGAACAAGGAAGCUCAGAUUCUGUGGUUCCUGAUCUUCCAGUUCCAACUAUCAGUGCCCCAAGUCGCUGGGCGUGGGAUCAAGAGGAGGAGCGAAAGCGGCAGGAGAGGUGGCAGAAGGAGCAGGACCGCCUGCUGCAGGAAAAAUACCAACGUGAGCAGGAGAAACUAAGGGAAGAGUGGCACAGAGCUCAGCAGGAGGCUGAGAGAGAGAAUUACAAGUUCUUGAAUGAGGAGCUGAUGGUCCUGAACUCAAACACCAUAGCUCUGACCACACGGGAGCCCACUGUUGCCACCUUGGAAGCCACCUGGGAUGAAGGGUCCAAGUCUUCUGACAGGGAAGGAACCCGAGCAGGAGAAGAGGAGAGGAGACAGUGGCAUGAGGAUGGUAUGAUUGAGGACCAAAGAAAGAAGCUGCAGGAACAACUCACUAUUGAGAAAGAGAGGGAACUGAAGGAGCAACAAUAUCAGGAAGAGCAGGAGGAGAUGCGGCGUCAGGCUGAGGCUGAGGAGCAGAAGCGCUACGCAGAAGAACAGAUGCGCCGCCAGGCAGAGGAGCAGAAGCGCCAGGCAGAGGAGCAGAAGCGCCAGGCCGAGGAGCAGAAGCGUCACACAGAAGAACAGAAGCACCAGGCAGAGAGAGAGAGGGAAACGUCCGUCAGAAUAUACCAGUAUAGAAGGCCUGUUGAUUCCUAUGAUACACUGAAGGGAGAGGAAGAAUCUUCAGGUUUGCUUCCUAGUGACAGGAAUAAAUCCAGAUCCACUACCGAGCUGGAUGAUUUCUCCACAAAUAAAAAUGGAAGCCAUAAAUAUUUAGACCGAGUUGGGAACGGUAGCUCAUCACAGAGGAGCGCCAAGAAGGAACAAGGUCCAUCAGAAGCAGAGUUGGAGAGGCAACAGAUCCUUCAAGAAAUGAGGAAGAGGACAUCCCUUCACACUGACAGCAGCUGGAUCCGUCAGCGCAGUUCCAGCGUCAAUAAAGAGCCCAUUUGUCUGCCUGGGAUUAUGAGAAGAGGCGAAUCUCUAGAUAACCUGGAGUCCCCCAGGUCCAGUUCUUGGAGACAGUCCCCGUGGCUCAGUCAGUCCACGGGGGUCUAUGCUUCUUCCUCUGUCCAAGACUUCAGCCGCCCACCCCCUCAGCUGGUGUCCACGUCCAACCGUGCCUACAUGCGAAACCCGUCCUCCAGCGUACCCCCUCCUGCCGCGGGGCCCGUGAAGACCAGCCCCGCGCCGUCCCCCACUCCCCGCAGCCAUUUCCCUUCAACUUCACCAUCCCAGCCACGCAACAGUGUGUUGCCUGUGAGUGUGACCUCGGAGGCUCUUCCUCAGGAGCCGAAGUCAGAAUCCGAAACAACCAACUGUACUGCAACAACUGCUAUCUCCGACUCAAAUCUGGACGGCCAACCGCCAUGUGAUGUAAGCCUCCAUACGAAAGCACUGUUGCAGAUAGAAGAAGAGUUGGUUGCUGCUGAUGUAGAUCUAUAAAUAUAUGUUGUAUGUCUUUCUCUCUCUCUUUUUUUUAAAGAAUAACACUUUUUUUUUGGCCUCUGUAGAUUACAUCAGAGCAGUAUAGACUUGGUAGAACCUGUAUUUUUGUUGUUGUUUAUUUAUAAGGAGGUAAUUAUGUGUGGGGAGAAGUGCAGUAUUUACUUUCUGAGUUCAGCAUCCUAACAGCCCAAGGGUAAAAAGAACUUCAAAAUAUUUUUGAGGCUGAUAAUGAUCAGUGGUGUUUUGAAGAGGGUUAUUUUUUGUUUUUUUUUAAAGGUUCUAAAACAUUAUUUGAAAUAGUUAAUAUAAAUAUAUAAUUGCAUUUGCUGUUUAUUGUAAUGUAUGCUAAAUUAAUACAGAACCAUAUGGAAAAUGUCACUAAAAUGCACCCCCCAAAUUUGCUUUCUGUAUCCUGCUUUUCAGCUAUAUAUUAUGAUUUGAAAACAAUUAGCUUAUAUGAAAUGUUAUUUGCUUGAUGAGGGGAGCUCUGUUUUCUUUAGAAUUGUCACUAGCCAGUUUUCAAUAGAAAACUGCUGCUUUUCAUUAAUGAAAAAUCAUUAUAGUUUGUAUACCAAAAAUUUUCUCGAGGAAAUAGUGAGCCUUUCUGUCUAACUGUAUUUGUAAAUAAAAUUGCUGAUGCAUUUAA